AUGGAAGUCAUGUCCAACCGAUAUAAGGUUGAUUCUUCAUAUCCAUGUUGGUACAAUACAAAGAGGCCAUCUGAAGUAACAUGGUACAUGCCAACCACGUCUUAUGCUCUCAUUUUACUUAUAAUUAGUGGAAUAUCUGUUCCAUUCGCUAUCGUUUUCCUGAUCAUCUUCUAUCGUCUACGAGAACGUGCUGAUUUGUAG